GCCGAGGGUUUACUUCCUGCUGCCUUGCAGUCCGUACUUGGUUAUGCAAAGGCUGGAGGUNUCCAAGGAGCCAGUCGUAGUAAAGUAAAAGUAAAUUUCUAUGAGCGAUUCAACUGUCGACACUGGGUUGUGACGCAGGCGAAAGACAUACCGACUGCGGUUGCAUUUAAAUGCGGCAAACCGUCACUUUAUCUGACCCCGAUGGGUUGGAUUCCGGACAGUGAACAGCCGUGUUUGCAUCGCGAAGAAGACAUCAUUGCAUAUUGCCAGCACGUCUACAAUGACACAUCUCUGGUACGGGUGGCUUUUACCACGGUCAUUGAAGUCGAUCUACCUAACUGGUGUCAUGCAAAUCGCUCCGAUUGUCCGCCACAGUUGGCCAAUCGAACUUAUCCGAUUCAACCUUGGAUAUGUUCUGGUGCUCCACCAUCACAGUUGACCGUGCCAGUCAAUUGCUCGCUCAAGCGCAUCGAUGAUCCGCAUCAUGAAAGCUAUUCCUGUCACAAAGCUGAAUACUGGACACACGCGGCCAAAGUGGCUUGUGAAUCCAAUCACACAGUCAUCCUGAACAGUAUGCCCAUCAAACCGUGUAUUCGUGUGGAUGCGUACAGUACGAUGCACUAUCUAGGCGCGGAUAUCGUGUGCUGUGCUGUGCAUCCGGAAAAGAUCAACGAACAUGAGUUACCUAGCAGUCCGACCGGACUGAGCAAUGUACUGCUUGGUUCAGCGGACACCACAUUGAUCAUCACAAAUGACGAGCGAUUGUAUGGGGCGUAUUUAGAUGGCGAGGUUGAUCAGUCGGCUGAGAGUAAAGCCCACGAGAAUCAACAGUACAAAGCAGCCAAGGCGGCGGAGCGCGAAGCUUACGCACAGAGGAAGAAUCUACUCGAGGAGCAACUGACUGCGGCUGAGGCCACCUUGUCCUCUUCCGAUUGGUUGAGCAAUCCGAAACGGACCCAGGAAGCAGAAGAUGCGCUGCAUAAA